AUGAGUAUCAGGGAACAGGGGGCAGAGACACCGAGCUCCCCAGCAAGCUGCCACACGUUCUGGGAGGCUCUGGAGCCUUCUGAGCCAGACUGCUUGGCAAAGCUGUUCCUCACCUCGGCGGGGCUGCAAGCUCAGACUGUCUUGGUCAAUGACUCCGUCUCGGGGUUCAUCGGCACGGACGUGGUGCUGCACUGCAGCUUCACCAACCCGCUGCCCAACGUGAAGAUCACGCAGGUGACGUGGCAGAAGGCCACCAACGGCACCAAGCAGAAUGUGGCCAUCUACAACCCCGCCAUGGGCGUGUCCAUCCUCUCCCCCUACAAGGAGAGGGUGAUUUUCAGGAACCCUUCCUUCAAGGAUGGCACCAUCCAGCUGUCCCGGCUGGAGCUGGAGGAUGAGGGCGUUUACAUCUGUGAGUUUGCCACUUUCCCAACCGGCAACCGGGAAGGGCAGCUGAACCUCACCGUGCUGGCCAAGCCCACCAACUGGAUGGAGGGCACCAAGAGGCCGCUCGUCGCCAAGUCCGGCAGGACAGACAAGAUCCUGGUGGCCACCUGCACCUCCUCCAACGGGAAACCCCCCAGCAGCGUCAGCUGGGACACCAGGCUGAAGGGGGAGGCGGAGUUCCAGGAGAUCCGGCACAGCAACGGCACGGUGACGGUGAUCAGCCGCUACCCCCCCCCCCCCCCCCGCGAGGCGCACCGCCAGCCGCUCGCCUGCGUGGUCAACUACCAGCUGGAGAGGUUCACCGACAGCAUCACCCUCAACGUGCAGUAUGAGCCAGAAGUCACCAUCGAGGGCUUUGAUGGCAACUGGUACCUGAACCGCAAGGAUGUGAAGCUGAUCUGCAAAUCUGAUGCCAACCCCCCAGCUCACACCUACGAGUGGAAGCUGCCAAACGGGACCCUGCCAGGGAGUGUGGAGAUCCAGAACAACACCAUCUACUUCAAAGGGCCCGUGUCCUACAGCGUGGCCGGCACCUACGUCUGCGAGGCCACCAACGCCAUCGGGACACGCUCGGGCCUGGUGGAGGUCAAUGUCACAGAAUUUCCCUACACCCCGUCUCCAAUCGAUGAUCACAAAUCCAUGGUGCAGCCGAACAUCCCCACACCGGUGAUUGGGGGCGUAGUGGGAGGCGUCUCGCUGGUCCUGCUGGUGGCCGUGGUGCUCUUUGUGGUGCUGCGGCGCCGGCGGCACACCUUCAAGGGCGACUACAGCACCAAGAAGCACGUGUACGGCAACGGCUACAGCAAGGCCGGCAUCCCCCAGCACCACCCGCCCAUGGCCCAGAACCUGCAGUACCCCGACGACUCGGACGACGAGAAGAAGCCGGGCCCCUUGGGCGGCAGCACCUACGAGGACGAGGAGGAGGAGGCGGGCGGCGAGCGCAAGCUGGGCGGCCCCAAGGCCUACGAGGAGGACGCCAAGAGGCCGUACUUCACCGUGGACGAGGGCGAGGCCCACCCCGAGCCCUACGACGAGAGGACACUCGGCUUCCAGUACGACCCCGAGCAGCUCGACCUGGCCGACAACAUGGUGUCGCAGAACGACGGCUCUUUCAUUUCCAAAAAGGAGUGGUACGUGUAGCUCCACGCCCCCCCCGCCCCCC